UGGAUGCUGUGAUGUACACUGAUAACGAAAUCCAUUUCGAAGUUGCAGCAGAGAAAUAGAGGGAGACGAGAAGCUCUAAGUUAAAUUUGUUUUUUGAGUAAUGCAGGUUGUUUUUCAGGUUUUUUUCAUGCUCUUUAUUUCCUUGGAAGGAUCAGAAGGAUUGUGCAUUAGGCGUUAAUGGAGAUGAGAUUGGAUUUCAGUGGUUAUCAAAACCGUAGCAUAUGAUACAGAGACCUCAAUCAGUUCUUCUAACUAAAGCUUUUCAUAUCAGAUUGACUUGGAUUGUGCUUCUAUAUCUUCUCCCUGUUUCACUUGAGGAAGCGAGUCGUUGGUGAUUCAAUAUCUGAAUAUCAUGACAUCUGUCCAUGAUUUUUCAUCUAAUUCUGUAGUUUGCAAUCAUCAUUUGGCCAUCUGGAAAGGAAAGAGCAGUGGGAGAUCUACAUGAUUAUAGAGAUAUGGUAUUAUGACCUCAGACAUGAUAAUGAUGCACAGGAUGAGCAGCAAAAGAAGCUGGAAUGUCAGACUCAAAAUCAGCCUCCUGCAAAUGGGAUCCUUAAUCCUGCUGUGGCAUCCCCUGCUGCUGGAUAUACGAUGCCUUUGCAUCAUGAAGUUGGCCAUUCUGUGGCACAGGCAGUUUACCCAUAUCCAGAUCCUUACUAUAGAAGUAUCUUUGCUCCGUAUGGUGCACAACCUAUGUGUCAGAUGCACCCUCACUUGAUGGGAAUUCAUCAAGCUGGGGUACCAUUGCCAUUAGACGCUGAAGAGCCUGUUUAUGUCAAUGCAAAACAAUAUCAUGGUAUCUUGCGUCGUCGGCAAUCUCGUGCAAAAGCUGAAUCAGAGAAUAAAUUGAUUAAGUCUCGGAAGCCUUACCUACAUGAAUCUCGACAUUUACAUGCUAUGAGAAGAGCGAGGGGAUGUGGAGGCCGCUUUCUCAAUGCCAAGAGUAGUGAGAAACAACAGAGUAAAGGGGCCUCAGGUGAUGAAGCGCAAUCAGAUGCUAAUCUCGAUUCCAAUAAAAUCCAACAAGCUUCCUCAGAGACGGCAUCUUGAAAACCAUGGAGGCAAUGUUUACACUGCAAUAGACAUAGCAGUAGUGUGUCUGGCAAAACAACUUUUAUAUCAAUAGCCAGAGGGAUUUGAUGCGUCUCGGUAUUGCUGGCUUACAAAAGUGUUGUUCUAGAUUUUCUCCAGGGUAGUCAGAUUUGGGUGUGUAUAGUUCUUUUGGUAAUUUCUUUUUAGAUAACUUGCUACUGGGAGUGAAACAGAUUGGUAUUCCUAGAAAAUCAGUUUAUUGUAUGCUCGGGCAAUGGAUUUUUCUAGUUUAGUGACUUCACACUGUUCUUCCAGUGCAGCAGCUGUAUAGAUAUACAGGUUUAAUGUUAAUACAACGUUGAAUAUUGGUUGGUUCUCUGGUAA